AUCAAAGCAACUUCAAAGGAAGCUCAGGGCAAUUUCAUUGGCCUCAUCCCUGUAUGAAAAACUCUGAAAUAGCCUGUAUGCUGUUUCCUUUUACCUGGCUACAAAUAAAUAGAGACAUUUUGCUAUCCCCUCUAGAAACAAACCUCUGUUUGUCAUUGGUUCUCUGCUCUCAGCAGACACCAGCUAAGCUUGGCCAUGAAGCUCCUCUAUCUUCUUGUGGGUGUUGCCUUCUUGGUCUUCCAGACCCAGGCUCAGGAUGGGGCUGUGGCACAGGAUGAGGCUGAGGCCCAAGAUCUGGAUGAGAUGGAAGAGGAGGCUGAGGAUGAGUUUGUGGAAGCAGAGGAUGCCGCUGGUAUGGGAUCUCCAGAGCUUGCAAGGAAAGAUCGUCCCCGCUGCCGAAAAGGACUGUUUUGCAGACCCAAGUGUGGACGGAAAGAACAUGUGAUUGGGACCUGUCCCAAAGGGCUGAUUUGUUGUCGAAUCCUCUAAGCCAGCACCAUCCUGAGAGCAGAAGGAAACCACAAGUUAGUUCACCAUGUCUGAGAAACUGUAAUUCCUUUCUUGAACAUAAAUCCAUAGCAUUGAUA